AUGGAGGAAAGAAAUUCGACAAUCCCAGAAUUACCAGCAGAACAACAGUUGCCUGUAGAGGUAGUAGUCGAAGACAAUCCAUCACAACCGCUAUCCACGUCACUUUUAUCCAAUUCAUCAGCUAAUGUGAAAUACGAUGAAGUGGAAUUAAACAUGUCGGAUAACUUAGCAUCAAAUCAGAAGCAUAUAAUGAAUAGAUUGGAAAGCAUUCGUGGGAACAAGCAACGUAUUCUAUCUACGUUACGUGAACUCAAAGAAAAUGCGAAAGAAGGAGAGUUUCCAAACAAAGAGCUGAUGGGUAAAAUGAUUGCAAGCUAUGAUGCACUAACUGCACAGGAAGAACAGUACGUACAAUUAAUUCAGAAAAUUGUUUGCUUACGUGAAAAUGCGGCAGAGGAUGUGCAGCACGAAAAUGAAAGAAACGGCAAAACAUUGAUGCCAGGCAGCGACAGUAACACUCACGAACCUGAGAAUGUUGUGAAAGAAAGUAUUGACGAAUCAAAUAAUAACUUAUCCGAUGAAGCAAUCAAUAAUGAUGUAGAAGAAAUGAACAAUGAAUUAUCAAAACUAGGAGUUGUAACAGGAAAGGCAGUGGCCGUUUCGAUCAUGAAUGAUAAACUAUUAGAAACAUUACAAUUACAUCGUGAGAAGAAGGCUGCGCUUGAAGAGUUACAUCGUAGAAAACGGGAAACUCAGAAAGAUAUAGCAGACGAGGCAUUGCAACAGGUUGAAAUGGCUCGCUUGAAAGUUGCAUCAGAGCAAGAACAAGUGGAAAGGAAACGUAAAACGUUAGAGCGAUUGCGACUUAAAGCUCAACGUCGUGGCAUCAAAUUGGGACCUGGAUCAGCAUCAGAGCCGGAUAUUGUUGUUGAACCGCAACCGGAACCCAAAUCAAUCACUGAGGCAAAGUUAAGAGCUAAAUUAAAAGCGAAGAAAAAGCAAAAUUCCGAAUUGGAGAAUGAUAAUGGACCACCAGUACCGGAUGAUUUGGCACCGGCUGAGCGAAUUCCACCAGUCUUGGAGAACGAACAAGCUGAAGUUGAACAGCAGCAACAGGUGGAAAAAAAAACCUGUGAAAUAACUGGUAGUGGUGUUGUGGGAAAAAAAAAGAGAAAAAGCAAGAAAGGAUAUGAGCAACAGCAGCAGCAACUGCCGAAGAAGCAGUCUGAUACAAUCAACUCAUCCAUACGUGAAAAACUAGCUGCAAUUGCAGCGCGUAAAGAACGUAUGCGAGAAAUACGGGCAAAAUUAGUUCAACCUGUUGUAGGCUCUUCUCCUGAUAUGGAUGAAACGUUUCGUAAUGCUUUGCAGCAACUGAAAAGCAUAACUGAAAUGCGGAAACAGUUAGAGUUAUUGCGUGAAAAAGGUCCUAAAUUGCCGGAAGAAACGGCGGAAAUACUCGAACGUCAACUCGAAGCUGAAGAAAAUAAGCAAAAUGAAACAAAAACGCUUAAUACAAUAAGCAUGAGCCAGGGUUCUGAAACGCCAAUCGAGGAAAGUUUUGAGGCCAUGGAGGUAGUUCGUAAUAGUUUUUUGAAAGUGAUCACACAAAAGUCAGCACCGGAUACCGUGCUCGAUGACCUUUCGGUUGGUUAUCAUCUUACAACGGGAGAUAGCCAGCGAUUGAAAAGUAUUGAACAGGCGCUCCAAGAACAACGCCAGUUGCUCGAAACAAUUGCUUCGCGAAGUCAUCAGGUACUUUGA